AUCUCACACACAAAGUAAGCUUCACAAGAAAAUAAAAAAAUAGCAAAGCUUUGAAGAAACAAUAAGAGGCAAAGAAUAAUUGAAGCAAGAAGAAGAAAAAAAGGUAGAAGCAAUGUCACAAGUUUAUCUAAAAUUGUCAUUGUUAGGGCUUUUGGUGGUCGCCGUCGUGACUCCAUCGGCCAACGCUAUAAGGAAGUCCGUCGUUCUCGGAGGAAAAUCAGAUGUUCCGAACGUUCAGACCAACAUGGAAGUUCAAGAACUUGGAAGGUAUUGCGUGGAAGAAUUCAAUCUACAUGAACAAAGCGGGAAAGGAAACGUAGCAUCAUCCAUUGACAGGGCCGUGUUGAAUCCGUUGACGUUUAGCCGAGUUGUGUCGGCUCAGCAACAGGUCGUGGCUGGUCUCAAAUACUAUCUGAGGAUUGAAGUGACACAACCCGAUGGCACGAACAGGAUGUUUGACUCUGUUGUGGUUGUUCAACCAUGGCUCCAUUCUAAGACGUUGCUCGGUUUCACCCCUGUUGCUACUCCUAUCUACUAACUUUUUUUAAUUCGAAAAAGACCAAACGGUGUAUGAUAUGAAGCUAUUAACAAUGGGUUAGUGGCUGGUUUUGUUGUAAUGAUGUUUUGACGUUCAUAAAUAAAGAGAAAAGACUUGUUGGAAAACCAAAACCAUCAACAAACUCUUGAACCAU